ACCAAAGAAUUCAAAGUGAAGCUGAAAUAAGAGUCCAGAAGACACAGAAGGAAGGAGGGAAAGAAUAAGAAGGAAGAAGAACCUGAAGUCAAACAGAAAAGAAAAUGUCCGUGACAAAGAAAGGAGAGAAAGAAAACAAGGCAACACUAAGAAGAACCUCAAUGUCAGAUGAGACGCUACCAAAAGACCCGGCUCCCACACUGAAGGAAAUGAUGUGCAAUGUACUGGCAGAGAUUCAAAAAAUUCAAGAAAAACAGGACGCGUACCAAGUAAAACAGGAGGCCUAUCAGAAAACACAACAAGAGCAAAUGCUGGACUUAAAGAAGGAGCUAAAAGAAGAAAUAGGGAAGAUGAGGACAGAAAUGAUGGUGAUGCAACAAGAAAUCAACGAGCUCCAGAAGGAGAAGAAAGAAGUCAAAGAAACACAAGCAAAAGUCCAAGCACAUAUAAAGAAAUUGGAAUUGAAGAACUCAAGGCUGGAAGCAAAACAAGAGGAAACAGAGGCCAAAGACAUGGAAUUUCAGCUAAGGCUAAGAAAUAUCCAAGAAGAAGUGAAAGAAGACAUAAGUGCAAAAGUGAUAGAGAUUCUCACGGAAUUAAUGGAAUGCCCAAAGCAGGAGAUGAAAGAACGGACUGACAGAAUAUACAGGAUCAAUACAAAUUACGCAAAAAGAAACAAAACUGCACGGGAUGUAAUUGUACACUUCACAAAGAAGACGGCAAGAGAUGACAUACUGAGAGUAAAUAACAGAAGAAAUAUAUAUUACAAGGGAAAGAAAAUAAUAAUUCUGAAAGAAUUUCCAAGUACGGUCCUGAAAAAAAGAAGAAAAUAUGCCUUUCUAACGGAGGAAUUAAAGAAUCAGAAGAUAAGAUUUAGAUGGGAGCGGGAUGAAGGCCUGAUGCUAACAUAUGAAGACAAGAGAUACUGGAUAAAGGAUGAAGAAAGAGCAAAGGAAUUCCUGCAGAAGAUAAAAAAGAAUAAGAAACCGAAAGAAAGAGAACAUGAGGAAGGGAGGACGAAGAAGAAAAAACGCACGGACUCCCUGGAAGAACUGGCAGAGAAGGAAGAACUCAGGAAAAAUUCAGAAGAUGGAAGAGACACCCCGAACAUAUUAGACACGGAAGAAGAGGAAAUAGAGGGAGAAGAGGAAGAGGACGGGAACACAACAGAAGAAGAAGAAGAAAGAAACCAGGAAGAAGAAGAUAAAUGUUAGAAGUUUUAAAGAUCUACUCGAAUAACUCGAAUGGUCUGAACUCACCAUGUAAAAGAAAUAAAGUCUUUCACAGAUUAAAAAAAAGUGGCUAUCAUGUCGUUUCUCUCCAAGAAACACACAUAAUGAGCAGGCACAUAAAACACU